AUGCAUGUUCUUCAAUCAGCAAUGACUCCUGAAGAGGCAGAUCAAGUUGAGAACUGUGAAUCAGCACAGGAAAUCUGGAUUGCUCUCCAGAGCACUUACGAAGGUACCUCUAAUAUUCGAGAAUCACACAUUGAUUUAUUGGUACAUGAGUAUGAAUCAUUCUCUAUGCUAAAUAAUGAAUCCAUUCAUGAGAUGUAUUCUAGAUUCACAAUUCUUAUAAAUAAACUCAAAGGGUUAGGUCGUACCUUUCUGGUUAAAGAUCUCAAUCGAAAAUUUUUUCAAUCAUUACCUAAGGAGUGGUUACCCAAGCGCACUGCUAUUGAGGAGGCGCGUAAUCUUGCAACUCUUCCUAUAAAUGAGCUUAUAGGAUCUCUGCUAAGCCAUGAAAACGUUAUUAAGCAAGUUCAUCAGGAUGAUGAUAAGAGAAAGAAAACUCUAGCUUUUCAGUCUAGGGCCGUCGAUUAUGAUUCUGAUAAUGAUUUAGGAAGAGAUUUUGAGAAAGAGUUUGCUUUGGUAAGUAAACGCUUUCAUCGUAUGCUGAAAUAUAAAAAUGAUCAGAAACGUCGCUUUGAUGAUUCUCGAUUUACUACUAAUGAUCGUUUUAAGAGUUCAUCACAUGACAGGCUGCCUAACCAGCAGACCAGGACUUUAGAUACAGGUACAAGUGAUCGAGAACCCCAGGCAUGUUACAAGUGUGGGAAACAGGGUCAUAUCAGGGCUAACUGUCCUCAAACUCUCAAAGCUAAGGAGCGCGCCAUGAAGGCAUCCUGGAGUGACUAUGAGACUGAUGAGGAACCAGACCAGAUCGAUAAAGAAGCCCUUAUGGCCUUUUCAUCCUCUUCAGGACACUGUUCAAAUUCUGCACAGGUCGGUUCUUCCUCUCCACUUGAAGACACUGGUAAAUUGAGUCAAGAUGAUGACCUCUGGUACCUUGACAGUGGCUAUUCGCAUCACAUGUCUGGUAAGCAAGACAUUUUCUCAUCUCUUAAAUUUAAACGAGGUGGCAAAGUUACCUUUGGUGAUGAUAGUUCUGGCACAAUUGUUGGAAUAGGAACCAUUGGUAAAUUACCUUCACCUAUGAUUCAUGAUGUCUUACUUGUUGAUGGGCUUAAGCACAAUCUGCUUUCCAUAAGUCAGUUGUGUAGUAGUGGUCAUAAUGUUAUUUUUGAAACCUCUCGUUGUCUAGUGAAGAGGUCAAGCGAUGAAACUGUCAUUUUUGUUGGAUCAAGACAGAAUAAUAUGUAUGUUAUUGAUCUUAGAAAUCUUGAUGCUUUCAACGAAUACUGUUUCAUUGCUUCCUUUCAUCAAGAGCUUCUCUGGCACAGGAAACUUGGACACAUUAGUUUGCAAAAACUAGCUAUGUUGUCUAAGUUAAAACUGGUUAGAGGGCUUCCUGAUCUUAAGGAAAAAUCAAACUUCUUCUGUGAUACUUGUAUUUCUGGUAAACAAACAUGA